AUGCUGGACAAGAUUAGUCUUCUGGAAGCAGGCAAUGAAGAGCUGAUACGCUUUGUCUGGAAGACGUUUGCGAAAUGGCAACAACUCCCGGCGGCGCUGAAGCAGCCCAGCAAUGGGAUGUUCCCCGAUUUGAAGGGCCUGAUGAGGCGCAACCGAUUCCCUUAUGCUGCUCGUACCAAAGUCAAGGUGAUCCGCCAUGCGGUGAGUAUGGACGAGCGUCGGACUAAAUUCCGCCAGGAUGUCAUAUCAGAGGCCAAGCCGUCGUCAGGGAAUGACGGCCCACUCGGUUGCGUAAGCAUUUGGAGAGACAAUGUGUUUCUCCCUCAUCAUAAUCACCACCAGCACCAUAAUAGCCGCUUGUCGCAGUCUGCUCAGCAACCUAGGGCUGCCUCUCCUCCUGCAUCGUUUGCGGACGAGAAAGUCGAUGACGUGCUGGACGUCGAGGAGGUAUGGUUUCCAGGACGCCACAUCGAUAUCGCCGGAGGAUGGCCAUUGAAACCAGGGGAAUAUGCUCUCAGUCAUCUGCCGUUGGUGUGGAUGGUUCAGAGCGCCCAGAAGGCAGGAUUGCGAUUUGACACGGGGAAGCUGAGACGCUUCGACUGCUCAGGAGCUUCAACUGAAGAUCCUGUGUAA